UCAGAGUAGUCACACGAAAUCCUUCCAAUUGGGAGGAGGAAUAAAGUAAACACAGAGAUCCCAAAAAGGCUCCUAAUUCCACGAAUCAGACAGGUGAGAUCGCCACUGAAUCCAUUAAUGAUGACGCUCAGCAGCCCCAAGCUCCGCCUGCCUCUGGGUCCCCCUCCCAUUUCACAUGUUCCUUCUUCCUCCUUCCCUUGUUGGACUAUCAAGCGGAUCACUCACGUUCCGAUCGAUGGGCUUGUCGGCUCAGCUCGUUUAACCCGUUCCAUUAUGUCUCCUCCCUCCCGCUUGAGUUGACAUUCAUCAGUUCCGGAGAAGAUGAAGAGGUUGCUAUAAGAGACCCUUUAACUGGCUGCCUGCGGGUCUUCUUCACCUCCUUCACCCAGCCAUUUGAUUUGAGCCUCUCUUCUUCUUCUUCUUCUUCUUCUUCUUCUUCUUCCCCGGUCGAGAGCAGAAAUGGCAGAAUCUAGCUCGGAUCCCACAUUCUUGAAGAACUUUUACAUUCCAACAUACAUAGUGACGCCUGAUGCUGAAGUUGACAAUGAUUCGGAUCCACCUCGGUGUCCUGUGUUAGUGUUUAUCAACUCAAAGAGUGGCGGUCAACUGGGUGGGGACCUUCUGGUUACUUAUCGUAGUCUGCUUAAUGCGAAUCAGGUUUUUGACUUAGGCCAGGAGGCCCCAGACAAGUCCCUGCAAAGAAUAUAUGCAAAUCUCCAGAAGCUGAAGAACGAAGGAGAUGACUUUGCCUCGACUGUCGAGGAGAGAUUGAAGAUCAUUGUUGCAGGUGGUGAUGGAACAGCAGGUUGGCUUCUUGGAGUUGUUUGCGAUCUGAAACUGUCUCAUCCUCCCGCAAUUGCUACAGUCCCGUUGGGAACAGGAAAUAAUCUUCCAUUUGCAUUCGGUUGGGGGAAGAGGAACCCCGGGACAGAUCGCCAAUCAGUGGAAGGAUUUCUAAAGCAAGUUCUGGAAGCAAAGGAAAUGAAGAUAGACAACUGGCAUAUUUUGAUGAGGAUGAAAGCACCAGCAGAAGGCACUUGUGAUCCUAUUGCUCCCCUUGAACUGCCACAUUCUCUUCAUGCAUUUCGUCGCGUAUCUUCGACAGAUGAGCUGGAUGUGGAAGGUUGCCAUACAUUUCGUGGAGGAUUUUGGAACUACUUUAGCAUGGGGAUGGAUGCCCAAAUAUCCUAUGCAUUUCAUUCAGAGAGGAAGUUGCAUCCUGAAAAAUUUAAGAAUCAGCUAAUUAACCAGAGUACAUAUGCGAGGCUUGGGUGUACUCAGGGGUGGUUUUUUGCUUCUCUUGUUCAUCCUAACUCAAAGAACAUAGCCCAGCUUGCAAAGGUGAAAGUUAUGAAAAACGGUGAAUGGAAGGAUCUCCAUGUACCCCACUAUAUUAGGUCAAUUGUAUGUCUCAAUCUGCCCAGCUUCUCUGGAGGACUAAACCCUUGGGGAACACCAAGCCAAAGGAGGCGCAGCAAUAGGGACUUCACACCACCUUAUGUAGAUGAUGGCCUUCUUGAGGUUGUUGGUUUCAGAGACGCUUGGCAUGGUCUGGUCUUGCUCACUCCCAAUGGGCAUGGGACCCGCCUUGCUCAGGCACGUAGAAUUCGAUUUGAGUUUCACAGAGGAGCGGCUGAUCACACAUACAUGAGGAUAGAUGGAGAACCCUGGAAGCAGCCGCUUCCUGUGGAUGAUGAUACUGUCGUGGUGGAGAUUUCUCAUCUCAGACAGGUGAACAUGCUUGCGACACGUGACUGCAGAUCGAAGAGCAAGCACGACCCUGCGGACACGAGCAAGCACGAUGACGAAGGGUAUCAUAGCGAUGAGGAAGAGUCCUCCGUGGAAGGGGAGGAGUGGAGGAAGUUUGGGGCUGCAGAGACAUUCAAGAUACCCGAUGAAGUGGACAUCUCUCAUCUCAGUUAAACUCAGUACUUCGUGUUCGAAUCUCACGUCUUGUGGAAAAUAAUUCUAUCCUUCAUCAAAGAAUUGCAAUUCCGUGAUGGUGCUUGUGCCUUUUUGAUUUCUGCCUUAGAUGUCUACACCAAAUAAGUUAUGGGAUUGGUAAUAUUGGUACUGCAGUUAGCUUUGGUACAUAUUUCAAAUUCCAUGCGAGUUGUCAACUCGAAUCCUUGUUAAGUUGUUUUUCCUUUUAAAGUUGUUCUUCCCUUUUCUUUCGA